AUGAAAUUUCCGUAUCACUCAAUGGCUGUAUGUGACAGUGACUCACGACGACCUGUCUCAACACAUUUGGUAGAUACUCCUGGUGGACCUUAUAUUUAUGGUACAGGGGCGCCUCUAAGGUUCUUUGUCUCUUAUACCGUCGACUCACCAGCCAUUGUAACAACUAACUUGCGGGCUUUGGUCAAGCGCGACUGGCCAGAGUCCCUCGAAGACCUGCCGGCUCCCAUUGAAUAUGAUGAUACGGAAGCAAUGGCGGAAAAGCUCGCCACUUUUUUCGUAAACCAGAGUGACCCCGAUGAUGUGAGCGAAAUACCACGUCCCACAUCACCAUAUGAUCUCUUCAUGGGAUUUAAUGCAGUCCAUAUCUACCAAUAUGGAAUUGAUUUCUGUUAUCAGGUUAUGUGCCAUAUCAGUCGUCUUGGAGAAAGAACGCAAACGCCAGUGGUAGAAGAAAAAGAGACUUAUACCCUUGAUUGGGCAAAGAGAAAUAUCGGCCACUUGAUUCAACUACCAAGGAUUGAAGAUGAAGACGAUGAGUUUGAGGCAGAAACUAAACUGUGUGGACCAUCAAGAGGCAUUUCACCUGCCGAAGCUCAUAGUUUAAAGCAGAGAAUGAAGUAUUAUCGAAAGCUUCUCCUUGAUGAUACAAAAGCACCAUCCUCCGAAAUCCUACUUUUCGAAGAUGCUGUCCAUCCUAUGAGUGAUUCCGAAGAUGAUGACGCACUUCACGACGAACAAGCUGGAGAUGAUGAUUCUGAUGAUAUAUCACAGCAAUCUGAUUAUGACGAAACCAGCUCAUUUGGCUACACAACGGACCAAACAAGUUCUCUGGAUCUGAUGAUGCCUUAUCUUGGAAAGUUUAGAUCAAAAAUACCAGUAUUGAUCAGUCGAAAGAGUCCAAUCUUUGUGACUGAUACUACCGGAGAAAGUCUUGAUUCCUCGAACGUGGAUGUAGAGAGAAAUGAUAUAAGACCCUUGCCAUCUAAGAUUCCAAGGCCAAUCAAAUUAUUUUCGUCAUCAAAGAGGCCAAAAUCAUUAUAG